UAUUUAUAUUUAUAUAUGUAUAUAUAUUUAUAUAUAUAUAAAGAUGGGCUUCACGGUGGAAGAGGGGUUGGUGCAGGGUUGUCAAACUCAUUUUAGAUGGGGGGCUCAUGGAGAAAAAUCUACUCCCAAGUGGGCCAGACUGGUAAAAUCAGGGGACGAUAACUUAAAAAAUAUAGAAAACUUCAGAAUGCUUUCUUUGUUUAAAAAUAGAAAAAGCGCAUUCUGGAAAUGCACAAAUCAUAAUGUUGUUGGGUUUGUUCUGCACUUACGUACAUGUUGCGGAUAAUAAUAUUCUAUCUUUAUUUGUCGUUAUUUAUACUUUCUGAAUAAAUUAUGUGAUAAUGUUCAUCAGUCAACUCAUUGGUGUUAAUUUUCAAUCUGUCGCAAUACAAAAAUAUCAAAAUCAAUUUACGGGAUGUUGUUUGUGUAGUUUCUUCAUUUUCAUAUGGUUUAUUUUUUUGCAUUCAUAGCAUAAUCUACAAAGAUACAACAAAUUGCUCUUGCGGCAUCUAGUAAACCCAUUUAGAAUAGGAGUUUCUUUCAUUCAAAAAUUUCAGCUCAUUUUUAUACUUAGCAAACUCAUCCCACGGGCCGGGUAAAACCUGUUCGCGGGCCUGAUCCAGCCCAUGGGCCUUACGUUUGACACCUCUGGGUUAGUGCGUCUGCCUAACAAUACGAAGGUCCUGAGUAGUCCUGGGUUCAAUCCCGGGCUCUGGACCUUUCUGUGUCGAGUUUGCAUGUUCUCCCCGUGAAUGCUUGGUUUCCCUUCGGGUACUCCGGCUUCCUCCCACUUCCAAAGACAUGCACCUGGGAAUAGGUUGAUUGGCAACAAUAAAUUGGCCCUAGUGUGUGAAUGUGAGUGUGAAUGUUGUCUGUCUAUCUGUGUUGGCCCUGCGAUGAAGCGGCGACUUGUCCAGAGUGUUCACCCCGUUCCGCUCGAUUGUAGCUCGAUUUGGAGCCCCCCCCCCCGCGACUCCAAAGGGAAUAAGCGGUAGAAAAAUGGAUGGAUGGAUGGAUGGAUGAAUCACAAACAAGCAACUCAUGGAAAGCAGCAUCGAGAAGUUUGUCAGCUUGAGAAAGCGUCUGGACCAGCUGGGUUACAAACAUCCUCUUGGAAUAGAAUCACUGCCACUAGUUGAGAAACUAUUCAGUGAUCUAGUCCGCACUACUGAAAGUCUGCGCAAUGCAAAACUGUUACAAGAGAAGAACGAGGAAGAUUGCCUUAACUGUGAUGUUCUUCUGGAGCCAUACAUGGCAGAUAAUGCCCGACUGGUCAAGGAGAACAAUGAAGUCUACCAGGAACUUCUGAAGGUGAAGGAGGAGAAGGACCAUGCCACCAAAGAACUGAAAACCCGCAUCAGAAAACUGGAAUAUCAUAUUUGUGACCUGACAUCCCUCAACAACCAAUACAUGCACAAGCUCCGCAGCCUGGAGAAGGACUGCAAAACCAAAGCCGAACGCAUCCUGGAGCUGGAAGAAAAGAACUUGCAAGCAGUUGUGCAGACGCCAGGUGGAAAAAAGCGCAGUAUCCCUUUCUGGCGUCCGAGGAUGCAAACAGAUGAGCUCAUCCCUCCACCCGCAACAUCAGCUUACCCCGUGCCCCAGCCAGACGACCCGUACACAGCAGAUCUCCUGCAGCUGGCUGAUAAAAGAAUUCUUGAGCUGGAGGAGGAAGUCACAAAAAUCCACUACGCGCUGGAUGAUUCCCAUGAAUGUCUACAACUGUUAAAUACUCAAGUUUCCGAGAGGGACAGAGAGAUUGAGCGCUUGAAUCGUUCACUUCACGGAGGGCGACCCCGUGAUGUCAUCUCUUUGGAGGCUCAGAAUAUCAGAAAUGAAAAACGGAUUGCCCAACUUAACCUUCAAAUCGAUUUCUUGCUAGACAACAAUAGGGCGCUACAGCAAAUGGUGGAGAGUCUGCAGCCGAAUCGGAUGGAGAUGGAUAAGGAGCGGGCCUUGGAAAUGGCUGAUCAGGAGUUGUUAGAUACUAAAGAAACAAUUUGUCGUCAAAGCGACGUCAUUGAAAACUUUGAGGACAACUUUAAAAAGAUAAGCGCGGAACAUUCCGAGAGAGGGUUUGAGACAAGUUCACUUGCUGACCAGCUGGUGGAGCUCAGAGGGCAGAAUGAGAAACUGGAGGCAAAGGUAGACUUCAUAGAGAGAGAGAAAGUCAGGCUGCAAGACAAAGUGGAGAAGAUGUUUUCCACCGAAAGAGACAUAGUGCUGGAAUUGGAGGCAAUGCGAGCAAAACACGGCAUUUGUGAAAGGGAUCGCACCCCGUCGCGUUAUGACGCUUUUGUGAAGAGUCUAGAGGAGGAGAGGGAUCGCUACCGCCAGGAAGCCGAACACUGCAGGAGAUUCCGAGGAGGUGGCAGCCCCAGUCGUGGCAGUCCAGACAGGAUCAGAAGUCCAGGGCGCAGGGUAAUCAGGGGAGGCGUUGAAGAACCUGAGUUUCUCGCUUUAUUGAAGGAAAGAGAUGAGAUAAAAGCGGCUCUAGUGGACGUGGAGAAGCACGCAAAAGACAUCCAUACAAAAGUGAAAGCUAUUCGUGCUGAAAGAGACCACUUCAAAAUGAUGUUUUACCAGGCACAAGAGAAGCUGGAGGAUGCCCGUGUAAGCUCCAGCACAUCUGAUGACGUCUUGACCUUAAGAGAGGAGCUGAAACUGGCAGAAAAUGAAAUCAUGCAGGUUAAUACUCAAAGAGAAUUACUGAUGGAGGAUUUUAAGGUGGAAGGAGAAUUGAUAGAUGUUCAGACUGCGGCAGAGCCGCCAAAGAAGCAGCUGGGUAGAAAAAGGCAGAUCGUCUGCGCCUUGAAUACACUGCUGUCUACCACCCCCCAAAGGGAGCUCCAAACAAACCUGGCAACCAGCGAGAAGGACUCUAAGCAAAAAGCAUGACCGGCUCACCCUGGCCCAAAGGACAUCCUGGCUUAUUGACUUCUCCUCCAUAAGCUGUUCAAAGAAAUAACCAAGAACACAAAGCUUGCAAGGCAGUUGAUACAAGGAAAAAAUGUUGGAAAUAGAGCUGCUUCUUUGGCAACAGCCCACAACACCAAGCCUAGGUUAGCGGUCAGGUGACCUUUCCUUUCAGUGCAAGAAUUGUCAUUCAACUUUAUGCCGUGCAGACUGGACUGCAUUAUCUACACUUUACAGACAUGUAAAAAGAGAAGUGAGUGGCACUGGAUCACCACUGAGAAUUAAAAAUAACUUUUUUUUUUUUUUUGCAAAUGGCUGCAAUGAAACAAAGAGUGAAAAUGUAAAGGGGUGUGAAUACAUAAAUUGUAUUCAUACAUAUAUACAUAUAUAUAUAUACACACACACA